AUGCCAGAAGAAGAACCUACGGAGCAAAGCACGUCUACUCGCAUGGGUCCACCCGGGAUCCAAAUCUCUCCACCGGGCAUUCGCAAGCGCCGCGGGGGACGAGUGGACGCGUUGAACUAUAUAGCGUCCGAUGUUCAACAUCUCGAUGAAGAGCGACUCGACAGCGUGCGUCGGACUGUUUGCCAGGUCGUCUGGAUGCACCUCAUGGGCUGGAAAGCAUCUGUUGAAGGGAAACUAGCAUUCCGGCGCAUUUUUGGUCUUGAUCCUUUCGAAUGGAAGCUUACGGACGGAGAAAUCAACCUCGCUUACGACAACUCUCAUGACCUGUACGAACUAAGCAUCGAGGCUAAAAUUCGCCAAUAUGUUGGGUCAUUGUCUCCUGAGAAGACCUUCAGCAUAAUUAGCGGCCAUCCGCUACAACAAGAGCUUGGCAAAAUACUUCGUGUACAUCUUACUGAUUACCAGACUCUCGCUCUGCAGAAUUCAGUCGCGGAGGACCGCCCCGACAACAUGGAGGUUCCUGACGAAUUUGAGUCACUUACGGACUUCUUGUCGGAGCUCAGCGGGGACCUGGCAGAGUCGCGGCAUGCGCUGCUCACGAUGGUUCAAGUCGUCAGAGCAUUCGCCCAGUCAAUCCAACGUACUGCCGAAACAAAGCACCUGACAAGCGAAGAGUUGGCGAUACUGAAAGCUAAUGUGAGAUCGCUCGACUUGCCAUACUUGACUGCUGUCCAGAUGCUGCGGGCCGACGAUUCCGGCUCUGUACAGCUCCCAUUGGAAACUCAAUCUCUGAUAUGGUG